CGCGUCUUCCGCACACUCGCGUUUUCCUUCACCAACAAAGUGUUCACAACAUACCUUACUAAACAUCCUCAACUUACAAGAUCCUUGAUCGCCUUGAAUACGCGACUCGUUCUAAUAUAUUCUCACAUCAUGCCUUCUUGGUUGAACCUGCACCGCAAAGCUGAACUUGCCGAGCUCGCUGGUCAAGUCGGAAUUGCCGAUGUCACUGAUCUCCGCAAAGAUCAAAUUGUCGCCCUUCUCGAAGAGCAGCUUUCUAAUAACGCGUCGAGAUACGCUUUGCUGCCUGGUUUCGAGGGCUACUAUGCUCGCAGAGGCUCUCCAACGAAGCGUGAAACGGGGUCCACUCCUGCUGCUGAAGCCGAAGUGACCAGAUCUGUCAGAAAACGUGCUACCCGAAUCAAGGGUGAAUCCGAUGGCGAGCCGAUAUCAUCUCCUAGCGCGUCGACUCUCAGACGCGCGCCACAGGCUACGCUCGUGCAGACCCCAGUCGGGCUCGUGCAGACUCCAGCUAGAGUAGAGGCACCUAUAAUCGAGGUGCCCAGACUUGAAGAGCCAAGAUUCGAGGAACCGACCUUCGAAGACCCUGCACUUCUUAGCCCUCCUCGCAUGGCACUUCCUCCUUCGCCUGCAGUUGUGACUGAUGUUAUCGAAGAGCAGACUGCUCGCAUCUCCGAGGGUAUGAAUCAGCUCUGGAGCGCAACACGCAUCAUGGAUGGACUGUAUGAGGCCCGUCUCGAUUUGUCGUCCGUCACUGGUGUUCACUUCACAAUUCUGGUUCUCGAGGCCAUAGCACUGCACCGAGCAACUGUUCCGUGGAACUUUGCCUUUGACGUCCCAAGCCUUUUCGGCUUCCCUAGCUUCGCGGUCUUCCUGCCUGAUCUCUUCGUCUUCUUCACUCACCACUACUGGGCUCCUUCCUUGCUGUGGGCCACCAUGAACUUUUGGGCACCUCUUGCCACUGGCUGGCUUUUCAACUUGUCCCUCAAGCUCAAGAAGAAGGAUGGUUUCGAGGACUAUAGACCAGUCUACCGCAUCGAUCCCUUGACCUUCAGUAUCGCCAAAGCCCUCAUGACCUGGAUGGUAUACGCACAAGGCAACAGACUUUACGGAACUUUCGCAGACGAGACCGUCAAGACAGUCGAGAGUGCCAUGCCUUAUGGUUACAGCGGUGCCAUGGUAGCAGCAUACGUCGGCAUUGCUACGAGUAUCUGGGACGGUAUCCAGAACAAGAAGAGAGUGUAAGAGAUUCCUUGUGGUCUGGUAAAAUCUAUUUUCCUGUUUGAUUGCUACUUUGGAAAGGCUUUUUGGCGUGUUUCGGUGGAUGGGCUCUGGUGUUGAUCGGCAAUUGUAGCCUAUGGAUUUAUUCGUUGUAAGCUUGAAACUGUGCAGUUAUACUAGAUACUUGAUCGUCACAAAUUUGACCAGCUCCCUGUAAUAGGGCCUCUGUUUCUGACGAUGACUGCGCAUGCUCACAGC